AAUAGUGUCAAUACAUGCGGAAUGCGGAUUGCAGAGGCGAUUGUCCGCUCCGUGCACAACGGAUUCGACCAGCGACCUGUUUAUUCUGGUUAAUUGUGAUAGUUUGCGACAAGAAAAACUGCCAGGGAUCCCGACGACUUGCGUUAGCAAUUUUAUUUGAAUUGACGUGGUUCAGCGUACUAACAUUGCACUUUUGACUGACAUCCCUAUAUCCCUUGGUAAUACUCAUAAAAAAAUCAAAAUGUCUCUUUAUCCUACGCUAGAAGAUAUGAAAGUAGAUCAUAUGAUGAAGGCUCAAAUACAAGCCGAAUCACAAUAUGUUGCUCCGAUACCGAUACAAGCCGAUCUCACGGCUCCUUCGGCGCCGACUUACGUCCCUUCUGCACCCGGUAUGCUGUAUCCGUCCUUAGGAGAUUACAUGGGUCUCGAGCUGAACGAAGAGACCAUUGCGCAAAAUAUGCCUGAAUAUGCGCUCGCUACGCGUCAAAAUGCGAAUGAUGUAGCUCUUACUUCGACAAACGUAACAUGUAGCCCAUUAGCAGGGAUGAUCGCUCCUUUGUCAGGACAAUCCGUGGCUUUGCAGAAAGCUCAUGUAACAAAUGGUAUCAGAGAGUUGAUACUUUGUAAAGACGGUGAUGGAAAGGUUGGUGUUAGAGUACACUCGAUAAACAAUGGAGUCUUUGUUUGCCUUGUGAGUCAAAAUUCUCCAGCGGCAAUGGCCGGACUACGUUUCGGUGACCAAAUUUUAAGCAUCAAUGACGUGUGCGUUGCUGGAUAUUCAAUGGAUCAAGUGCACAAACUCCUCCGUAAUGCGGAUGUCAAUGGGAUCAAAGUAAUCGUGCGUGAUAGACCACUCGAGCGUACUGUAACAAUGCACAAGGAUAGUAUGGGGUACAUCGGAUUUCAAUUUAAGAACGGAAAAAUAAUUGCUCUAGUGAAAGAUUCGUCGGCCACGCGAAACGGACUUUUAACCGAUCAUCAAAUACUCGAGAUUAACGGAAAGAAUGUAGUUGGGAUGAAGGAUAAAGAUAUUACAACGGAGAUUGAAAAAGGUGGAGACAUCAUCACCGUAACGAUAAUUCCAUCGUACAUUUACGAUCACAUGAUAAAAAAAAUGUCCAGUAGCUUGUUGAAGAGUUUGAUGGAUCAUUCCGCGCUGGAUCUUUAAAUGGAAAUCAAUUGCCAGUUUCAUAUAUUGCCAUACAGCCAACUGUGCCAAUGGGCAUGUGCAUUACUCUCCGUAGCUUCAUUACAAAAAAGUAACGAGUACGCUACAUAUCGUACACUGUAUAAGCACAUUUACAAGAUGCCAAUCAUAUUUCCAUAGCAAGCGUAUAUGUGAUACCCGUUUAAAAACAGCCUAUAUUACGUGUCAUGUGUAUUUCGACACUAAUUGGCUAAAAAUUACGAAAAGAUAUUUAUCAGAGAUUAUUUUUUUAUACAGAUGCACGUCUAAACUUGCGAAAAAUAUGCAGAUUUAAAUAUUCCACUCCAGACGCAAGGAGAAAGUUUCUGAUUACAUUUAUUCUAAUAGCGUGAACAAUUAUGCUUGCACUAUAAAAUGAUACUAUUACGUCCUCUAUUGCACAAAUUUUUUAAAUCCACAUCAUUAUUUAGAGCAGAGUCAUUAAUAACAUGUCGUUAUUUUUACAUUACUUUUUUCUAAUUAAUGAAAAUCUUAUCUUUUUUCAUUUUUUCAUUUGUUUGACUAAAAUGACGAAAAUUCAUUGACUAUAAUUUCGAGUUAUAAUUGUCGUUUAAAUUACAAAUUUAUAAUAUAAAAUAACUUUUUUAAAUUCGAAUAUAACAUUUUUUUGCUUUAUAAAAUCUUGCACGUAACAUAUUUUCACUCUAACAAGCCACUUCUACGUAUGUUAAAAAAUAUUGUGAAAAGUAGCGGUUAUUAUAGUCACUAGGCAAACGUUAACUAUUUUUUUAUUACCUCUCAAGUAUCUUCUAUGAUAAAUUACCCAUUUUAUAUUA